AUGGGUACAGGUUCAACUCUUUUGCGAUUGGCAGUGCUCUUGUCCUUGGUUGUUGCACUUGAAGCCGUCCGCUUCCAUGCAGGUUCAUCAGCAAACACGGUCAGGCAGGCUGCUACCAGCAGUGGCCAAUAUUGUGGUUACGAGGACAACGAGAAACAUGAACCCUGGGACUGCCACAGCGAAACUUGCGUUACCAGAGGCAGUAUCAUGGGAUGUGGAUCAUCUCCAAUUACGUCCUGUCUAGAAUACGACGACCCCAUCUGCUCACAGAAACUCGAAGGGCCCGGCACUGUUUGUUGCACUGACAUCACAUCUCCUUUCUGCGCGACCGGUGUCAAGUACAUAACCCGCGACUCCAUCUUCACGCUCAAGGCUUUCAACUGCGGCAACAACCAGUUUUCAGGUCCCAUCACCCCCGUCGACUAUCUCGUCAACCACACCUGUCAGCACUUCUUCCUCAGAGUCAAGCACGGCGACCUCGUCUUCAACCCCCAAACAGAGAAGGCCGUCCCUAUCGGAGCAAUCGUUGGCGGCGCAAUUACCGGCCUCGUGGUCAUGGGACUGAUCGUCGCCGCAGUCGUGUGGAUGAUACUCCGUAAUCGCAAAAAGGCCAUCAUAGGCGACGAAAAUCAGGGCGGCGCGGUCAGUACAGACCCAAUUUACACCUACGAAGCGGUGCCGCCCAGGGGAGCCACUUCGGAGUGGAAGUCUUCGACCCCAGCUCCCGUGUACGAGCCUCACAAGAGCAACCAUCAGUCCGCUAAGUCGGGUGCGUAUCAAUAUCAAUCGCAAACGCCGUCGCAGAGCCCGGGCCCCACUUCGAGAUCUGGGGCAUUGCCCAACGACUAUUCUUCGAACCGCAUAUCUGAGGUGCCGGCUACCAACCCCGCUGGGACAGGAGAUAACGCUUCUGAACUGCAUUCCGACUACAUUCAGCGAUCUUAGUUCGCGCUCUGGGUCUUGUACACUUUCGCCUGCUCACGCUGGCAGAUGGGUGUAGCCAACUUUAUGAGUGCAAGGGUGAACGGAGUUGGAGGGAUUGAGAGGAG